GCAAGGGAUUAUUACAGUCGACUGACGGACAAGAUUGGGUAUGGUUCUGAAUUACGGCGUUGUUUGACAUCAUGCUCGCGUUUAAAGUAUGUAGUGUCCCUGCCACAGCUGGAUGAUUCACAAAAAAACUAUCCUCGAUCAAAUAGCCUCCUCUUUCUUUUAACUCUCGCAGCAAUCCGCUGCUGAAUUUUGAACUACUUAAUUCUAUAGCCCCAGUCUGCGAUCCUUUUCACGAGAUUAUCUGCACAAAAGAAUAGCAAAACAUGGCGCAUCAAGAACUUCCGAAGAAGUAUAGGGCUGCUGUAUAUGACAAGCCUGGCUCGAUAUCGAUUAAAAUUGAGGAAAAGGAUAUGCCAGUACCAGGGCAAGGCGAAGUUCUUUUGAAAUUAACACAUUCUGGAGUAUGCCAUUCCGACCUAGGAAUCAUGACGAACGGCUGGGCAUCUUCCCAGGACCCAACUCCAGCUGGACAGAUCGGUGGUCACGAGGGCGUGGGUGUAGUCGUCCAACUGGGUGCCGGCGCAGAAGAUCACGUCAAACUGGGCGAUAGAGUAGGAGUAAAAUGGAUAUUCUCUGCUUGCCUGAGCUGUCCGCCUUGUCUGCGCGGCUACGAAGGUAUUUGCGCAAACCAGAAGGUCAGCGGGUAUUUCACGCCAGGCACAUUUCAACAAUACAUACUCGCACCCGCGAACUACGUUACACCCAUCCCUGACGGUCUGGACGGGGCGCUGGCUGCACCCAUGCUUUGUGCUGGCCUAACAACAUAUGCUGCUUUGAAAAGAAGUGAAGCAAAGGGCGGCGAUUGGGUCGUCCUACUUGGUGCGGGAGGUGGUCUGGGAAACCUUGCUAUUCAACUCGCAAACAAAGCCUUCGCUCAUCGCGUAAUCGGCGUUGAUGCUGAGUCAAAACGCGACUUGGUUCUUUCGUCUGGUGCCGAACACUUCAUUCCACUGGAGGGUACGAAAAGUAUCAUUGAAGCUGUGAAAGGGUUGACUGGGGGAGAAGGAGCCCAGGCGGUUCUUGUCUUGACUGCCGCCAAUGCCGCAUACGCUGACGCUGUUGAUAUGCUACGCUUUGCGGGCACAUUGGUCUGUGUUGGUCUACCCGAAGGAAAGCAGAUUCCAAUUGCGUCUGCUGUUCCCAUGAAGCUUAUCGACAAGGCUGCAAAGAUUGUCGGUGUUUCCGUCGGUAACAGGCAAGAGACAAUUGAGUGUCUAGAUUUCGCAGCCCGAGGUUUGGUCAAACCGCACGUUCGUGUUGAGAAGCUGGACAAAUUGGCUGAUACAUUCCAUGACAUGCAUGACCGAAAGGUACAGGGACGGGUGGUUUUGGAUCUUCAAUCAUAAUAAUGCAAAGUUAGCGUCACUUAGAUACACUUGAAUAAG